GUCAUUUGGCUUGAUUGCUGAAAACAUUUAAUACAAAAUCACUCAGCAAAACAGACAAGUCGAAAAUAUGAAUAUGUCUUUUACAAAAACUGAGCAAAAUUAUCUGAAAGCUGACUUGGACAAUGACGUGGAGUUUCUCAACGAUGCAAUUGAUAAAUCAAUAGUCUCUGGUCUCACCGUGGAGCCGCAGGCAUGCAAGCAGCUCUUGGAGUCUAUCUACGGCAGGGCCAAGCGACUCAUGUUAAAGGCUCAGAAAUAUGCGGAAGAUGAGCAGCGACAGGACAUUACCCUCGCGGACUGGAAGAAGGUGCAAAGGUUGCUGCCGAAAAAGAGCAAGCUGCUGAGCAUCAAGGAGAAGAACGACAUCAUUGCGAGCCAGGACAAAGCCAUGCCAACGGCCACUACCACGGGCCCGUGCUCCGGGCUGAUGCUGCCGCCGCUGUCGCACUGCAUGUUGGGUCCCACGGUCAUCUUGGAGGGAAUGUCGCGUCUACAGGUUACUGCGUCACCACUGAAGAAAGUGAGGAGCGACAUCAUUGCGAACCAGAAGCCGGACAUGCCAAUGGGCACCGCCAGUACAAGCGGGGUCCAACGGCCACUUUGAAGGGAAUGUCGCGUCAUACUUCUCAUGCGAGUGCUGCGGUUGCUCAGGCGAAUGCUGCUGCUUCUCAGGCGUAUGCUGUAGCUCCUCAACUGAGAGCUGCAGUGUUCCAG